CCAGGUUGCUUAAUACAGUUACUUUUUGUUUUUAUUUACCUUUCCACUGCACUGGUUUACAUUAAUGCAUGUCUUAAAAAGUUUUAAUUCACUUUAAACAUCAGACGGCGGGUAAUAAUGUAUUAAACAAUUCAUCUUUCAAAACAUUGCUUGGUUAACAAUACAAAUGUGGAGGAGGCCUUGACAGAUGAAUCCGAGUUCACGAUAAGAAUUUUUAAGCAGUGAUAAACAGCACCUACCAUGGCUGCAUUUACGAUUGUAAGCAAUUUAAAAUCCCGAAAUUUGAUGUCUGUAUGUUUUAAUUUGAAUGCUAAAUAUACUACCUCUGCUGUAUACCAAAACGAGCGACGUAUUGUUCGCGAUUGGAAGAAUCAACGACAUUAUUCCACCGAUGAAGAUCCUUGUUUAUAUGAUGUCGUAGUUGUUGGUGGAGGAAUUGUUGGAAUGGCGACAGCCAGGGAACUUUUAAAUCAGCACCCAACCAUAAAAGUUGCUCUGCUAGAAAAAGAAAAGAAAUUGGCCCUUCAUCAGACCGGCCACAACAGUGGAGUAAUACAUGCUGGAAUUUACUACAAACCAAAAUCAUUGAAGGCUACUCUUUGUGUGAAGGGAUUACAUUUAAUGUAUAAGUAUUGUGACUCAAAUAAUAUUCCGUAUAAAAAGUGCGGAAAGCUUAUUGUUGCUACGGAUAAAACUGAGUGUGAACAACUUGAUGAUCUCAUAGAACGCGGGAAAAAAAAUAAUGUACCAGGUAUGAGAGUCUUGGAAGGCCAUGAAAUAAAGAAAAUAGAGCCUAAUUGUAAAGGAGUGCGAGCAAUCUGGUCCCCCCAUACAGGGAUUAUCAACUACGCUCAAGUAACUGAGAGCAUGGGCCUUGAAUUUGAAGAUCUAGGGGGAGACAUCCAUUUAAACUUUAAAGUAACUGGAUUUCGCACCAACAAAACUUCCAACUCUGAAUCAGAACGAGCACAAUACCCGCUGGAAAUUGUUGGUAAUAAGAAGUGCGUAAAAACCAGAUAUGCAGUUGUGUGUGCAGGUCUUUACUCAGACAAACUGGCUGUUAUGACCGGUUGCAAAAGAUCACCAAAAAUUGUUCCUAUUCGUGGAGAAUACAUGCUUCUCAAUGAUAAGAAAGUAAAUCUGGUCAGCAGAAAUAUAUAUCCUGUACCGAACCCAAAGUACCCUUUUCUAGGGGUGCACUUUACUCCUAGGAUGGAUGGAAGUGUGUGGCUAGGACCAAAUGCAGUGUUAGCGUUUAAACGGGAGGGCUAUAGAUGGAUGGAUUUUAGUAUUGUUGAUUUCAUUGGUACAGUGACAUAUCCGGGUUUUAUAAAGUUAGCUGCAAAAAAUGCAAAGUUUGGAAUGCAAGAAAUGGUAAAAUCAAUUUAUUUUAAAAAACAAGUUGAUGAUUUGCGGAAGUUCAUCCCGGACGUUACUGUAAACGACGUUAAAAGAGGACCAGCUGGAGUGCGUGCCCAAGCCCUGGACAGCAAGGGAAAUCUUGUUGAUGACUUUGUCUUCGAUUUAAAUGAGAAGACUGAAGUUGGAAAGCGCGUUCUUCAUUGCCGCAAUGCUCCUUCCCCCGGCGCCACAUCUUCCCUGGCAAUUGCUGAAUUAAUUGUUCAAAGACUAAAUGAGCAAUUUAACUUAUGCAUGUUAUAAUUUUAAGACGCUUAAUCGUGAACUAUGUGAAACAUUCCCUUUGUAGGGUCUGAAAUUCUAGGUUUUCUCAAAAAUUGUCAGAAAAAGUAUAUUUGGCUAAAGUUGGAGUAUUAAUUUUAUCGUUGAAAGUUCGAUAAAUGUUCAUACUUAUCUGUUUGAAAUGUCUAUAUUAUUUUUUUCACAUUAAGGUAUGCAUAUGACUUGGAAAUUUAAACUCGAUUGAAUGUCAUUUAAUCUCUAGACUAUACAAGAUAUUUUAUUGCAGAUGGUUAAAUUUACCGUUUUUCAUAAUCAGAUUUUAAAAUGCUCUGAGAAAGUACUGUCCUAAAUCUGAAGACUGCAGUUAUUUAAAAUAACGAUGGUGCUGUGAAUUAAAUAUCUUAGUUUCGUUGUUUAUUGUCUAUUUUUGUAAAUUGUCAAUAAAAGGUGCUGUUAUGUCGAUC